CCCCAUGCAUACGGGUGUAGAAGGAAGAUUGCGUGCCCAUUCAUUCACCUUUUGGGCUGAGGAACCUGAGAGGCAUUCUCGGUCGCUGCAGCGGACGGCAAAGGGGACACAACGUCUCGUUCCCUCCAUCAGGCAACGAAGGUUACAUCCAUAACCGAGACAUUCCCUUUCUGUCAGUCUCUCAACGUUGUGUCGACAGAAUGGGGUCCCUAUACGAAACGUCACAGCGCUGAGCUGCGUCACGACUUCCAGCAGAGCGACACUGACUGGCCUGGGCGAGUCACAAGUGAGCGUUACAGCGAAUGUGACCUUCCAGUGGUGUAGUAAGGCAUUAGUUAGAGUGAGUCAACGACGCAAGGCUCUUAUCAAUGGCCGUACAGGCGGGGAGUCGUCGUCAGAACCGUCAGCUCUGAGAACCAUGUCUGAUUGGGCCAAUAGGGCGCAACUAACAGGACCUGAUGCUCCUCUUCCCUGACCUUGAACAGGACCUGUGCAAGGAGGCUCACUGGGGCGAAGGCGUAUUUCCGCUUGUCCUGUGACCAGCUGUGCACUAAGGCGUCCAUGCCGAGGGGGCCUCGGUCAAUGGGAGGUGUCCAGGGAGGUGAACAGGUCCACCUGUGCCUGCCCGAACUGCUCCCAAACGAUCAGGACAGCGCAGGAUGGAGUCGCCACUCACCGCGGAGCGUGACCUGCCAAGAGAGUGCAUCGGCUGUCUGGUUGAGGUUGCCCGGGAUAUGAGUGGCCCGCAGGGAUUCCAUCAACUUGCUGCAGAGGAGGAGGCAUCGGGCGAGUUGCGACAUCUGCCGUGAGCGAAUGCCACCCUGGCAGUUGAUGUAUGCCACAGCAGCUGUCCAAACGGAGCAGCACUUGCUUGCCCUGAAUGAGGGGAAGGAACCUUUUUAGAGCAAGACAAGCAGCCAGCAACUCUAGGCAGUUGAUAUGCCACUGCAGGCGGGGGCCUGUCCAACAACCCGACACUGCAUGCCCGUUGCACACGGCACCCCAGCCGAGCAGGGAGGCAUCUGUCAUCACCACGAUGUGCCUCGAGACCUGCCCGAUGGGGACUCCAACUCUCCAGCCACAUCUGCUCAAGGGGCUAGGGUGCAACAGCAGUGAGCGUGAUGGAGAUAUGCCUCGUGCCGGUGUUGCACUCUCUCCAGGGAACACGACUCGUAAGCCAAUGCUGAAGCGGUCUCAUAUGCAUUAACCCGAGCAGCACGACUGCUGUCAAGGAUGCCAUAUUCCCCAGGAGCCUCUGAAAAAAUUUCAGUGGGACCGCUGAUUGCCGCCUGAAAAGUUUCAGGCAGCACAGCAUUGACUGGGCACGCUCGUUGCUAAGGCGCGCCAACAUGGUGACGGAGUCUAGUUCCAUACCGAGAUAAGAGAUGCUCUGCACCGCCGAGAGCUUGCUCCUGUCCCAGUUGACCCACAGGCCCAGUCGGUUGAGGUGCCAGAGCACAAGGUCCCUGUGCAUACACAACAGAUCUCGCGAGUGAGCCAAGAUGAGCUAGUCAUCGAGAUAAUUGAGAAUACACACGCCCUGCUCCCUGAGGGGAGCGAGAGCAGCCUCUGCGACCUUGGUAAAGACACGGGGAGACAGGGCAAGACUGAAGGGCAGGACCUUGUACUGGUAUGCUUGACCCUCAAAGGCAAACCAAAGGAAUGGUCUUUGACGAGGAUGGAGACAUGAAAGUACGUGUCCUUCAGGUCGAUAGCCACAAACCAAUCCUGAUGUCGGACAGAAACCUCAUCCUCGUCACGCUCUUGCAUGGAUCCGCUAUGGGUCGGUUGACUGCCGCCCAUCGGAGAGCGUAUCGGGGCAUGGACUGUCCGCGGCAUUGGCUGCAGUGAGUUCACGUCCAUAGGAAUCCCCAGAUCACCACCACCGCUCACUGCUGAGGACGGCUUGGCAGCCACCGCUGAACGGGAAGCAGACGAUGUUGUGGCUGCAUCCAGAAAGCACACAGCCAACCGUGACCGCAACACCUUGAUAGACAUAUGCUCGCAGUGCGGGCAUGGUGUAUCAACGAACGCUACUUCAGUAUGCUGGCGGCCCAAGCAUGUGAUGCAGGUAUCAUGCCCGCCAGGUUCGAGGACGAGGCGGUCGCAUCCAAGAUUACAGCGGCGAUACAUGACACGAGCACGCUGUAGGACAUUUCAGCUCUUUUAGAGAAAUUUGCUCCUUUAGACACCUAGGUCCGCUACCGAAAUGCCCAGGGAAGUCGCACACAAGAGGACGAGUCCGCUGCUCUGCAUCGUAGAAUCCAGUAGGAAUUUAUCAGAGAUAAUAAUGCUCAGCAUGUGAUGCCUCGCUGGUUCCGAAGAACAAAAUAUGAAUGAAAUGGCACGCCAUCUUCCUUUUAUGUUCGGGAGGAGUGCGUGCAGAUAACUAACCCGGCUGGCUUGCUAUGACCAAUCUCACAAUGAGAUAACUAACCCGGCUGGCUUCCAAUAACCAAUCUCACCAAUAAUCUUUUAGCCCGGGUGAAAAACCCCUACAAAUAGACAAGACGCCUUACCCUCAUUCUCUCUACAUUUUCGCAGCAUCCGUCCUCCACCCCAACUCCUCACCAUCAGCCUAUUUUACUGCAGCAUAACGGGGGGAACGACCUGAGUCCGGGCACACACCGGACCGGGGGCCCUCUACCCGGACAAGGGGCGGGCGCUCCGAGUAUGCACGGGGCGGAGACUGGCAUGUCAUGCCAUUCGCCAAGUUCAUUGGCCUUUUAAAAGUACAAUCAGAGAUGAUAGGUUCUCAAGUUCAAACCCCAUUCUGUCGACACAACGUCGAGAGACCGACAGAAAGGGAACCUUGGGUUAUUUUUGUAACCCAAUAGUUGGGUUUGAGAUAUUGGGUCAUUUUGUUGGGCUAUUUCUAACGUUCAUUGGGUCAUUUCUGUAACAACCCAGCCAGUUGGGAUAAAAUUGAGCUCAGCGGUUAUUUUAAAUUUCAACGGUUGACCGGUGCCACUGCUGACAGACGAUAAGAGAGGUAAAUUAAUAUUAAUAAUACUUAUUAAAUGUGCAUGUGUACUGUAUAUACAGUAUAUAUACAUUUUUGUAUGCUGUGUUUUUUCAUAGCAACACAAACGUACAUCUCUGUCGACUGUUUUUAUAAACUGCAUGACUGUCGACGCCAACACUUCCCAGCUAACAUAAGGCCUGCGGACCACCGUUGGCAAAGUUGUCAGUUUUGCUCACUGUUUUUCCAGCAGUUUAUCAGUAAUGUUUGCAUUCCCCGACAGGGGAACCAGGAGUGAGGAAUUCAACAUAAGGGACGACCCUGCAGGGGAGUCACUAUGUAUGGGGCAACUGUCCUAGUAUAGGGGUCCACCUGAGCAGGGGCGACUCUACUUGGACCGCAUGCAGAGCCUUAGAAACUCUGAGCAGCUCUUUGUCUGUUAUGGAGGACAGCGCCAGGGGAGGGCUGUCUCCAAUCAGAGAUUGGCGCACUGGAUUGUGGAUGCCACUGCUUUGGCAUACCAGUGCCAAGAUCGCCCGUGCCCACUUGCAGUGAGAGCCCACUCCACUCGGGGUAUGGCCUCCUCGUGGGCACCUCAGAGUGGUCUUCCGCAUCUGAUGCCAGAAGGUAGCUGUCCGAUGCAAUGGCAGUGAGUUCGUCCUCAUCUCUUUGCGGUGUCUUCCCGCUAUGGGACGGUCUACCGCCGCCCAUCGGGGACGAUCCAGGUGAGCGUGCUGGGGUAUGGGUGGUCUGCGAAGCCGAAGCUGAUGGAGCAACAUCCAUAGGAACCCCCAAAUCACCCUCGCUGCUCGCCGAAGGGGUCGACCUCACCGAAGCGGCAGUCGAACUCGCUUGGGAAGCAGACAGGGUGGCGGCAGCGCUCACAAAGAAUGUAACCAGCCAUGACCGCAACACCAUGUUCUCGCAGACAGAACAUGCCGGAUUGACAAACCCUGCCUCAGCAUGGGAUGAGUCUUUCACACCCAAGGACACAGCUGCGACACAUGCUCGCAACUGUGAGAAAUUUGCUCUUUUAGGUCUGUAGCUCGCUGCCGAGAUGCCCAUGGGAAGUCUGCUCUCAGGAGGGAGAAGUCCACUGCUCUGCGUCGUAAGUUCAGCAGUAUGAAGAGUCUCGAAGAGAUAACGCUUGACAAUCAUGUGCCACACAGAUUCCGAAGAACAAAGGAUGAAUGAAUGACCGCCGCCAUCUUCCUUUUAUCCCUGUAUGCACGGGGCGGGGACUGCCAUGCGUGUGCCAUUCGCCAAGCCCAUUGGCAUUUUAAAAUUCCUCUCAGAGAUGACAGGUUGUACCUGUACCUUGCAGAGAUAACAAAUCUGCAUUUUUUUUACGUCUCCCUGGCCGAUACUUAAUUUCAAAAUCAAAGCAAGCCAACUGCGCUGCCCAACGUUGUUCUGUAGCCCCCAGUUUAGCUGAGGUCAAAUGACCGAGUGGACUGUUGUCAGUGUACACCAAACAUUUUUGGCCUAGCAGAUAUUCUCUGAAUUUCUCCGCCAUUGCCCAUUUCAACGCUAAAAAUUAAAAUUUCAUGGAACUAUAGUUCGUCAUAUUGCGUUCUGUGGGCCUUAGGCCACGGCUUGCAUAUGCCACAGGUCUCACUUGCCCUGCCUGAUUCUGUUAGAGCACUGCUCCUAGUCCAGCCAAACUAGCAUCCACCUCCAGAAUAAAGGGAAGGCUAAAGUCCGCAUACGCAAGCACCGGGGCAGUAGUUAGCUUACCCUUCAGAGCCUCGAAGCUCUCCUGGCAUUCUGUAGUCCAUCAACUCACAAAACUUAGCUCUGCUUGCUGCCUCGCCUUUAUACUUCCAAGUUGUGCAACCAGCCGAUGCAGAGGGGUUGCAAACUUGGCAAACCCCUCUACAAAAUCGGUAAUAGCUUGCAAAGCCAAGAAAUGAACGCAACGCAGAUACAGUGGUGGGCUGAGGCCAUUGGGCAACUGCCUCUAUCUUUCCUGGGUCAGUGGAAACCCCCUCAGCUGAAAUCACAUGUCCCAAGUAUGACACUUUGGACCGAAAGAAGUUGCACUUUCCCAAGUUGGCCUUAAGUCCUUCGCAUUGUAACAUACUUAAAACAAGUUGCAAAUGCUGUGCAACCGAAGAUGAAAAGAUUACGCUGGAACGUGCUAGGUGCAUUACAAAGACCAAACAGCAUACGGUUUCACUCGAACAAACCGAAUGGCGUACAAAAAGCAGUUUUUGAUCGGUCUUGUUCACUGACAGGGAUCUGAUUGUACCCGCUAGCUAAAUCCAAAGUGGAAAACCAGCGGGCCCCUGUCAGUGAAUCCAAGGACUCCUCUAUACGAGGGAGGGGAAACACAUCCUUCCUAGUCUUCGCAUUCAUUUGACCAUAGUCUACGCACAUGCUAAAACUACCAUCCUUCUUUUAAAAAAGGACUAUGGGGGAUGCAAAGGGGCUACAACUCUCCCGUAUAACCUUAGCCUCCAACAAAGUAUUGAUAUGGGCUUUGACUACCUCGUAUUCCGACGGGGGGAUACGACGAUACUGCUGUCUAACAGGAAUAUCAUCCAACAAUGGUAUGUCGUGUGAGAUCAAACUGGUGUAUCCCAAAUCCCCUUCAUGUGCCGAAAACACAGUAACUUUGGUUUGUUACGACUUUCUCUGAAAGUAUGUGAAAAAAUCAGCGCUUCAGAUUACGCUCCCUGUGUGACGUAGGCAAGGGAUCUCAUUGUAAUAGCACCGCCCCUUAAUCUGCUGGUUUCCACCCACGGCGAGCAAUUUUGUUUUUCGCAGGUGACAGGAGUGUAUCGGUUCUAACGGAAUGACAAAAGUUUGUGUCAAACAUGCAAACUGUUCUGUCGUUGGGUGCACAGACCAACACAGAACACUGUUCCCAACCUCACAGGAGACAAGAGAGCAAUGGAUUUAUUUUAUUUUCAAUGGAAAUCCUCCAGACUGAACGAGGCAAAGCUGCAAAUAAAGACAUUGUAAGUCUUUGUAAGACCUCAGGGACCUGUGGCAACUUAGAAAUAAAUAAAAUGUCACUGUGACACGUUUGUCCGUUCACUCAUAGAAAGCAAUAUGUGUGGCUAGUAAACACGCGACAGGAUUGUCCUGUGUAACGUUACUUUCACAUAGAGAAAACGCGAUACGUUUGUCUUGAGUACAUUCACUUAUAGAAAGCAGUGUGUAUGGUUUGUAAACAUGCGACGGGUUUGUCAUGGUAACAUGAGUUCCCGCCACCCUCCCGUUUUGUUAUUUCACCCGUGAAACCCUGUGAAAGUGCCCGUGACCGGACCAACAGGGACCGGAGCGCCUUUGCGAAUGGCCCCGGGGGAAACAGGUGUGCUUAUAGAAAACAAUGUGUUUGGUGUUCAAAGAUGAGACACAGUAGUUUCUCAUUCACUUUGUGACCCUUCUUUCUUGAGUUGGCUACUUUCACUUGUAGAAAACAGUGUAUAUGGUUUGUAAAUACGCGAUCGGUUUGUCAUGUGUGUUUUCGCAUAUAGAAAACAUGACGCCCUUGUUAGGAGUCUGUUCGCUUAUAGAAAACUAUGUGUUUGGUGUUUAAAGACGAGAUCUUGUUUCUCAUUCACUUUAUGUGACCCUUCUUUCUUAUUUUGUCGUUGGAAGCAAAGGCUCACAGCCCUGGCUGCGUUUUCUGCUGAAAAGGGGGCGGAGACUAGCAGCUCAUUUGCACUUAAAGAGACACACACCGAAACAGCGCGUUUCUCCUCGCAUGCAAAACUGGGCAACUAGAGCAUGGUAUAAUAAAAUAUAUCUGGUGUAUUUUGAGCUGAAACUUCACAGACACAUUCUUUGGACCACUAUGAUUUAUAUUACAUUUGUGUAAAAGUAGAAAAAAUCUCCCCUUUAACAGUAGCAGCCACAGUUUUAACUUCUGUAACCCCUGACAGUAGACUGACAACAUGUACACUAGUUAAAGUUCCUAGCCGUGUACGUGGAUACAACACAAUAUCAGUGGUACCCACAUUCACCACUGGCACCAAAACAGUGCCUCUACUGACCCGCACCAAUGAUGGCGAAGCCAGCAAUCCAGCUGGUAAACCCGAUUCAGGGGUCUCAAAAAACACAGUGUCAUGCAAAAACUGCCCCGAACAGGUUGCUGAAACAAAUUGUAAAGUACCACCUGGAAUCCGCCACACCCGGUGACCGCGCACCUUAACUGAAUACACGCGAGUAGGAUCAGAUUGAGAACGCGCUUCAUGACAAUGUUGAAGGGUCUGCGUUACAAUAUUCGGCACCUGAAGUAAUGAGGGACAACAAGCACACCACACUUCGAUACUAACCUGCCACUAAGUUCGACAUCCAACUCCAUAUAUCCAAUAUAGGGAAUGUCCAACCCAUUGGCAGCACGCAGCUGCAACCAUUGGCAUGACCUAAGACGAUCCUGACCCCAUGGCUCAAAAUUCUGUAAAAAACAACUUUCCAUUAUGGAGGAAACCAUUAACCAGUGUCUAUAAGGCAGGGUACCUGAACCCCACCAAUACAGACCACCAAAUGUGGGCACGACGACAUCAAAGAUGAAACCGAACUAAAUCCCUGAGAAAUGUUAGAGCCCUCCCGAGAAAUGUUUACCCCAACCGAGCUGUGGCUCUGCAGCCCAGCGGGUAUUAGUUUUCUGACUGCUGUGCAAAAGGCUGCCCCCCAGACACAAGAGGUGCAUUAAAAGAAAAUGAAGGGCGAGAGGGAACACGCUCUCCAUCACACUCCCUGGCAAAAUGGCCAGGCUGUUGAUAUCUUCGACAAAUAACAGGAUUACCACGAGAAGACUGAUUCCUUGGGAAUGGAGAGUGACUCCAUGCCCGAGGGGCUUGACCAUGCUUAGAGAUCACUUGUAGUUGGGCAACAUUUUUAGAGAGCUGAUCUAAUUGAACCUGCUGCGAUUUCAACAGGUCUUUCAGCACGCUUAGUUCAGAGGUUGCAGUUCUAUCAGGCUCUAACGACAAACCUCCUUGUACCCCGUAUUGCAGGGCAGGGACUAUGGGGACAGAUUGGUUUCGGCCACGAGCACCCCCCGGCAAUCCCUCCCGCUCCCAUCUAAGGGCCCCACUACGAACCUCCAACAAGGUUGACGAAGGCAACCGACGUACUAAUUGUUUUAACUCCCGACGUAAAGAACUGUCAGUCACAUGUUCGACAAACUGGUCCACGCAUAACGGUUUCGGAAUUUUGCGUAGCAUAAGGUAAACAUUGUUCAACAUGCUCCCAAAGACCCAUCAGCGCAAGCAAAAAUUCGAAUAAGGUCUCCCCCUCCCGCUGCUAACGGGAGGAAAAUGCCUCUUGCAGAGCCACAUAUUACUGGGAGCACCCAUAUAAUUCGCGCAAUGCUGACAUAAUUUUAAUAGGAUCUCCCCUUUCGGGCGAUAACGAAUUUCCUCCUGGUCUUCCCCCUCAAGGUGGUCGAAAACAAAAAAUGCCUGAUCAGAAGUAGAAAGGUGACGUGCCUGCAUGCACGCCUGUACUUCUUCAGCCCAUUCAUCAAUGCUGAUUCCAGUCCGGCCACUAAAUUUUGGACAACGCCGGUCUUGGGAUAUAAACACAAACCGUUCAGCCAGAGUGGUACCAGCACCGCUGGGUGGGGGCAUGGCAAAAGUCCCUGCAACACUUGCAGCGGCCUCCCUUGCCGUAGACGGUGCAGAUGUGUACUCUUAGCGUAAUUUCUCAUUAUCAGCUUUUAACUGCACCACCAGAUCUCUCAACUCUCGUAACUCCUCCUCCAUUUCUACAACUACUCACCAAUUGAAGGGGAAACACCAAUCAGGGGGAUUUUACCCAAACUGACACACACUGCUGCUUUGCCCUUAGAGAAAGAAAAAAAAGAAAAGAAAGAAGCACAAUGAUUUCUGAACUCAGUACGUACAACUAUAUACCUUAAAGAAAAAAAAGAAGAGAAAAGAAAAAAAAAAACACUACGACAAUCCUGCUGACUACACCAAAUGUGACAAGGAGGGUUCAAGAUCCAGGACAAGGAAAAUUAGUAAACUAAGCUACUCGACUGCGCCACCCUGGAUAUCACAGUUUAGGCCCACAGGUUUAUAGUCAGAGGAGGAGUGAGCAUAAACAAAAACAAAAGUAGGUAGAAAAAUAUAAAAGCUUUAUUACCAACCACACAUUCCAAUGAAAGAACAGUUUGGCACAAGGUCUCAUCAAUGAAAUUCAAACAACAAAAAUAAAAUACAACUUAACCCUCAUAUCAAUAAGGGGGAGAUCGCCAGCACGGGUCGUUAAUUCUUCACCCCACGCUCUAUAUACCGCACUCUUGAAACUCAGCAAAACCUCAAGCACAGCAAUCUCUGUGGACAUCCACCCACAGCCAACUUCUCCCAAUUUACCGAUAUUGGUUCACUAAAAGAAAAAAAAAAACCCACAAACAUAUACACACACACAAGAAACCAAAUGUGGGUAACAAAACAAUCAAAAUAACCACACAAAGAAAAGAAAAAGCAACCAGUUACACAAUCAAAAAGGAAAACUACAGCUGCAUUCCGAUAUACACUAAGCACGAAUAACUUCAGAUAGCAAUGAGGUUGCUGGUUACACUUCUAGAGUCAACAAGAGACUACUAGGACGUUACAACUGCAUUCAGAUAUGCACUGUAAACAAAAGUGAGUUCAGAUAACACUGACAUGGUUGGUAACGCUCCUGUGGUCAGGAAGACGAAGAGGAAAUUACAACUGUAUUCAGAUACCCACUGUAAACAAGAAUGAGUUCAAAUAACAAGUUGUGGAUUACACUUCCAUGGUCAGAAAAACUGAGAGGAAAUUAUAACUGCAUUCAACUCCACGCCCGGGCAAGGCAGCAGUGCAGCCACAUCAAAGGGUUUUACAUUCCACGCCUCGUAACUCGAAAUUACCGAACCCUAGGACGUGCAGCCACCUGCCGAACAUGAAAUGCACAAUAAAGUUGUAACAGUCUUCGGUCUGUUACCUUUUUUUUCUUAAACUGCAAUUACUUUCCGUACCUCUGGGGGAGUAAAGAGUUUCAAUGUUUAGAUAAAAUAAGGGGGUGUAGUAGAAGAAAAUAUAAUGGCUACUGCUCAGGAAGCAUGGUGACUUGGUUUUUACUACUACUAGUCCUUUUUGGGAAACAGUUUGUUUCAAGCCCAAAUAAGGACUUUUUGUUAUGUUACCAUGAAGGCUGAACAUAUGUAAGCUUGAGUCAACUCCGUAGUCUUCUGUUUGGAUUGCUACCAUUUUUGGGAACAUAUAUGAGCUUGAGUCAACUUUGUGAUCUACCAUUUUGGGGACAUUGCUACAGACUUUUCUGGAUACUCCCUUGGAGAUAAGACUUUUUGAUGGAUUUCAAUGACUUUGGUUUUUUUUUUGUCUUUCAUAAAGUCUGGUUGAUACCAAUUACACGGCUAUUGUACACUGUUGGUUUUGCUUUCAAUUAUGAAUGAAUGUAUGAGGCUGGGUUGGGUCUAGUUGAUAUAAAGUUACAAGGAAAAAUUAUGACUGGUUGUAUUUUGUUAACAAGGUCUAAUAAUAUUUUGAUGUUAUUAACCCUCCCUAAACAGAUAUAUGAUUAACAUUUGCUCGACGUAGCAUCUGUGGUCAUAAAGUACAAGAAAACAUCUAAUACGGCGAAAACAACAAUACAUACCAAGGGAGAUUCGCAAAGUUAUCUCAUCUAGUAUCAAUCGUCCUGGGAGGAUUCAGCUGCCUACACAACAAACUGAGUAACAAAAAGAAGAAGAAAGUGGAAAGUUUCAUUCCUUACAGAGAUUCUGUUUUAACCUGGCUUUUGAGAGAGAACCUUGGUGGCAACUCUCGCACCGCAAUGGUGGCCGCUCUCAGUCCAGCUGACAUCAACUAUGAUGAGACCCUCAGCACUCUCAGGUAUGCAGACAGGGCUAAGCAGAUCCGUUGUAAUGCUGUGAUCAAUGAAGAUCCUAAUAAUAGUCUAGUGCGUGAGCUGAAAGAAGAGGUGUCCCGUCUGAAGGACCUACUUUACACCCAGGGUCUUGGUGACAUUAUUGAAAUGACCAAUGCUAUGACGGGGAUGAGCCCCUCUUCUUCUCUCUCCGCCCUGUCCAGUCGGGCUGGCUCCAUCAGCAGCCUGCAUGACCGCAUCAUGUUCAGCCCAGGCAGAGAGGAGGCCAUUGAGAGACUCAAGGAAACAGAGAAAAUAAUUGCUGAGCUCAACGAAACAUGGGAAGAGAAGCUUCGCCGCACAGAAGCCAUUCGAAUGGACAGAGAAGCACUGCUGGCUGAGAUGGGUGUGGCCAUGCGUGAGGACGGAGGAACUGCUGGAGUUUUUUCACCAAAAAAAAGAAAACCUCAGCCUGUUUUUAUAGACACUGUUGGGCUCUUCUCUCCCAAUGAGACACCCCACCUGGUGAAUUUAAAUGAAGAUCCUUUGAUGUCUGAAUGUCUCCUAUAUUACAUCAAAGAUGGAAUUACCAGGGUAGGGAGAGAUGAUUCAAGCAUCAGGCAGGAUAUUGUUUUGAGUGGUCACUUUAUCAAGGAGGAACACUGCAUUUUCACCAGCACCACUGGACCUAUGGGAGAAGUCAUUCUAGAGCCUUGUGAGGGAGCAGAAACUUAUGUCAAUGGGAAGAGAGUGACAGAACCCACUGUUCUCAGAUCAGGGAAUCGAAUUAUUAUGGGCAAGAGCCAUGUGUUCCGUUGUAACCAUCCAGAGCAGGCCCGUCAUGAGCGUGGGAGGACACCCAGUAGCGAGACUCCAAUGGAGCCUGUGGACUGGGCCUUUGCUCAGAGAGAACUUUUUGAGAAACAAGGCAUCGAUAUGAAGCAGGAAAUGGAUCAGAGACUGCAAGAACUUGAGGAUCAGUACCGGAAGGAAAGAGAAGAGGCUAACAAUCUAUUAGAGCAACAAAGAUUAGACUAUGAGAGCAGGCUAGAAGCCCUGCAGAAGCAGGUAGAUCGGUAUUACCCUGAUAGAGCAGAGGAGGAGGAUGUACCUGAGGAGGAAGUACAAUGGACUGUGAGGGAGACAGAACUGGCACUGUGGACAUUCCGUAAAUGGAGGUGUUACCAGUUCACAUCUCUCAGAGACCUGCUCUGGGGCAAUGCCAUCUUCCUUAAGGAAGCUAAUGCCAUUAGUGUGGAGCUGAAGAAGAAGGUUCAGUUUCAGUUUGUGUUAUUGACAGACACGCUGUACUCUCCUCUUCCGCCUGAUCUGUUACCCGCUGAGACUGCUGAAGACCGGGAGAAUGAUCCGUUCCCUCGCACCAUUGUGGCUGUAGAAGUCCAAGAUCAGAUAAAUGGAGCCACACAUUAUUGGACUAUGGAAAAGCUCAGGCAUAGGUUGGACCUGAUGAGAGAGAUGUACGAUCAUGCUGCUGAGGUGCCCAGCAAUGCUCUUGAAGACUGCAACAGUGUCCUGACUGGAGGAGAUCCUUUCUAUGACCGGUUCCCCUGGUUCCGUAUGAUUGGAAGGUCAUUUGUGUAUUUAAGUAAUUUACUCUAUCCUGUGACCCUGGCCCAUCGGAUUGCCAUUGUCAGUGAAAAGGGAGAGGUCAAAGGUUUCCUCAGAGUAGCUGUACAGGCAAUAUCAGGUGCUCUGGUAUUUCCUCCAGCCGAUGAAGAGGCACCAGACUAUGGCUAUGUUGUUAGACAUUCAGGAACUGCCAAGAUUUCCUUUGAUGAUCAGCAGUUUGAAAAGUACCAGUCAGAGUCUUGCCCUGCUGGUGUCUCUCAGGAAGAGCUGCGAAUUGUGGAAGGGGAGGGCCAGAAUGCUGAAAUAUGUAUUUCAUCAGAUGAAGUCAACAAUAACACAUGUACAGCUAACCCAGAGGAGGAGGAGACCUCUGUCAAAACAGGUCUUGAUGGCAUCCUGGAUGGAGCUCUGGAUCAUUUGAGAAUUGGGGAAGUCUUCACAUUCAGAGUUACUGUGCUUCAGGCAUCAAGCAUAUCUGCAGAGUAUGCAGAAAUAUUUUGCCAGUUCAAUUUUAUUCACAGGCACGAUGAAGGAUUUUCCACAGAGCCGUUGAAGAACACUGGACGAGGUCCACCACUUGGCUUCUAUCAUGUGCAGAAUAUUGCUGUAGAGGUGACCAAGUCCUUUAUAGAGUACAUUAAAACUCAGCCAAUUGUGUUUGAACUGUUUGGACACUACCAGAAGCAGCCUUUCCCUCCACUCUGCAAGGAUCUUAUUAGCCCAUUGCGUCCAUGCAGACGACAGUUCCUGAGAGUCACGCCACUUUCCAAACCAGCCGCAGAUAACAACACUGCUUCUGAUCGGGAGAAGAACCUGGAGCUGAUUCGCUACCUGUUGCCAGAGGUCUUCAAUGGGGCUCUGGUGGACUCACUGUCAAGCCACGCCCUCAGUGCAGCAGGCGUGGCUGUUUCCUACCUCCUUGAGGAGGAGGAGCAAGCCAAACUGCAGGCCCCACCCUUGUCUAUCUGUUCAGUAAUUAAAGCGCAGAAGCCGGUUCCUGCCACCAAACUGACAGCUCUCACACGACCUACUGCAGGACUAUGCCACUGUAAAUAUGACCUGAUGGUCUUCUUUGAAAUAUGUGAGCUAGAGGCCAAUGGGGACUAUAUAUCAUCAGUGGUGGACCAUAGUGGUAGACCAGUCGGCAUGCCAUGCCAUGGCACUUUCAUGUUACAUCAGGGCAUCCAAAGGAGAGUUACAGUCACCAUCGUACAUGAGACAGGACGAGAUAUUAAGUGGAAGGAAGUGCGAGAGCUAGUUGUUGGACGCAUACGGAACACAACGGAAGCAGAUGAGACCAUAAUCGACCCCAACAUUCUAUCUCUCAACAUACUGUCUGCAGGAUAUAUUCGACCCACACAAGAUGACAAACAGUUUCUUGAUUCGGACAUGCCUAGAACAUUCUACCAUUUUGAGGCAGCUUGGGAUUCUUCCAUGCACAACGCUUUGCUUCUUAACCGCGUCACUCCUUAUGGAGAGAAAAUCUACAUGACUCUGUCGGCCUACCUGGAGAUGAAGAACUGCACACAGCCCAUAGUGAUUACUAAAGACUUAUGCAUGGUGUUCUACUCACGAGACGCCAAGCUCUCUGCAUCUAGCUCCAUCAGAAACCUCUUCAGCAGUGGCAGUUUGAGGCCAUCUGAAGGAAACCGUGUGACCGGUUUAUAUGAGCUUAGUCUGUGCCACCUUGCUGAUGCUGGCAGCCCAGGGAUGCAGAGACGACGUAGAAGGGUGCUGAACACGUCAGUGACAUAUGUGCAAGGGGAGGGGAACCUGGCUGGCUGGAGGCCCCGUAGUGACAGCCUCAUCCUGGACCAUCAUUGGGAGUUGGAGAAACUGAGCCUUCUGCAGGAGGUGGAGAAAACCAGGCACUACCUUCUCCUCAGAGAGAAGCUGGAGUCCACCCUGCUGCUGGGCCAGGAGUCACUGCUAUCCUGCGGGAGUGAGGCUCUAACAGAGUCCUCUUCCCCCUCCACCCACCUGGGUCUGGGUCACAACCCAGGGCCGGGUCCUGACAAUCCCAAUGAGAGGCAAAGGGAGCUCACUGCCAGGUGUCUGCGAUUGCUUAACCACACCUUCAACAGGGAUUACAGCCAUGUGUUUGUUAGCGUCAGCGAGAGCAAGUUAAGUGAGAUGUCAUUAACUCUUCUGAAAGACUCUGCCUCACUGGGUGCUGAGAGCACACUCACACCCUCCUCCACAUGUCCUUUACUCAUAGAGGGACGCUACGGCAGCAACACAGAACUCAGACCUCCAACACCUCAAUCGUGUGCUGUCAGUCCCAACCCUGAUUCCGAAAGAGAUGGCAAGAAGUCUCCUCCAGAGUCCAGACCAAGAACCCACACUUUUGUCCCAGACAUUCAUGAAAUACAUAUCAGUCCUAUUGUGUCAAAGAAGGGUUAUUUGCACUUCCUGGAAUCCCAUAAAGGCUGGGUUCAGAGAUAUGUAGUGGUACGUCGGCCUUAUGUCUACAUUUACAACACAGAGAGAGACCCAGUGGAAAGGGCCAUCCUUAACCUGUCCUCAGCACAAGUAGAGUACAGUGAAGACCAGCAGGCCAUGCUAAAGACCCCCUACACAUUUGCGGUGUGCACAGAGCAUCGUGGGAUACUCCUUCAAGCCAGUAAUGAAAAUGAGAUGCAUGACUGGCUUUAUGCCUUUAAUCCUCUGCUUGCUGGAUCUAUCAGGUCUAAGGUGUCCGGAAGAAGAGCCGGUCAGAUGAGGCUUUAAGAACAUCAAAUGUAAACUGUAACUACUGAACAAUUCUUCAAGGAAAGAAUCCCCCAACAAGGACUAACACUGUAAAUUGAUCUAAUCGCAAUUCCCCUAGUUGUUGUGCUUAAUCAGAGGUCCUCUGUCUUCUUUUAGCUACAGUACAUGUGUGGACCUUUACCCACCCACACUAGCACCUGUAUAUUAAAAGGCCCAUUGUUCUGCUUUUCUAGUGGCCUACAUAUUCAACUUAUAGCAUCACCGAUACAGGCUAACAGCUUUAUUAGGUUAGAGAUAGUAGAUGCUCAUAUACUGUAGUCUUCAGCAACAGUUUGGAAACAAACAAGGCUGGCAAAGGAAAUUCCUAUUUCUGAAGAUGUCAGCUCAUACAAACACAUUUGUUACUGUGAAAAAUAAGGUUGAGUAGGAAAAACGAGGACUAGUAAAUUAUUGUAGUCACAUGGCCUUAUUGUGUUUCUUCUACUUGAGUAUGUUUAUGGGUUUGAAAUGAUAAAACUGGUCAGUAUUUAAUUCAACAGACCAUAUGUUUAUUCAUCUCUUGGCUAUGGCUGAUAGAAUUUAUCAAUGAUAAGCUAUUCUUAGCAAGAAACAGAUAAAUCACUUUAUAUUACACUCUUCCUCUCUUUACAUGCAGUUCUUAGUGUAGAAAUCAUUAUAAAUACUUGUAUACCUUUAAAAUGCUUCCCUUUGUAAUACCAAUAUACAUAAAAAUAAACAGAACAUAUGGGGAAAUAUUGUCAAUGAAAAGUAGUUGCAUUCUCAUAUUGGUUUAGGUGAACCAUUUGCUUUGGCCUAAUUUUGUUGAGUAGGUCAGUAGAUAUACUGUAUAUCUACUGCAUAAUUUGGCCGAAGACGCACCAUGUGACAUCACAUCACGCAUUCUGUCAAAACCUGCUCCAAAAGUCAAGCAGAGAUACUAUAGCUGUGUCCAAAUUCAGGGGCUGCAAUCUUCUAAGGUCACGGACUUAAAAAUGAGGACUUUGUCUUCAAAGCACACAGCCUCAAAAGUCCAAGGAGCGAACUGAAAAGAGACUGCCUAGCCUCGUGGAGGAUUUCCUAAUUCCAUCUGCUGCUACUGUUGCGUGGCGACAGCAGCAGGACACAGCAGAGACGUUUUGACUUUUUUUAAACAAAUACAGAGCCAGAAAAAAUAUAUUUUAGAGAAUAUGACACGUUUAUGUAGAUCAAAACAGCCCAACAGUAUAUUAAAUUAACCAACCUUAGAAAUUUAAACACAAUAAUGCACCAAUAAUGUUAAUGAACAACAUCAUAUAUUAAAGGGGUCACAUGACAGCUAAAACGAAUAUCAUCGUUUGUUUUAGAUGUAGUGCAAUGUGUAUACACGAUUUAAGGUUCAAAAGCGCUGUAUUUUUCACAUACCGUUCAUGUUUGUAUCUCCUCUUUGCACCGCCUCUCUGAAAGCAGAUUUUUUUACAAAGCUCAUCGCACUGAAAAGCAAGGUGUGCUAUGAUUGGCCAGUUAACCAGUGCGUAGGGAUUGGUCAAAUACUGCACGGGUGUGAUGGAAAUGUAAGGCCUCUUACCAAUUGUACUGACAGGUACGCCCACCUUUCUUGCGUAUACAUUUGGCCGUUUUAGUCAGAUCAUACCACGAACUGACGUAGAUUUGUGGUUACACGGUUCAGGCAGGUCUGGGUGAGCAUUCGCUUUUAGAUAGAAUGCAUCUUUUGUUCCAACACUUUUUGCAAUUUUACAUAUCAAAUACAUUCAUGGGCAACUUAUAACACACCAAAGACAAAGAAAAACACGUAUUAUGACCCCCAUAUGACCCCUUUAAAAUACUGAAAUGGACCGUUUUUGUGAAUUACAUAUGUGACCGGUGCAGUAUUCUCUGGCUAGAUUUAGAUAAUAAAUACACCAUCCUGGAAUUUGCACCCAAGGAAAUACAAUAAAAGAUAGGAACACAGGUUUGGUGGUACAGUGAAAAGAAAGAGACAUGUAGUCGAAUUUAACAAGGAAAAACUUUUAUUACACAAAGAAAAUAAAUCAACCCCGAAUCAUCAGUCAAAUAUACCCAGAGUUUAUUCUAAAAGUAAUUUUAAAACUCACAUGAUUAAAAAGGACAUUUCUCCAAACAUAUAUAAAGGCCAAUCAAGUCACAAUCAAAUGUGGAAAACAAAGAAGUUGGACCUAACACAAACAAAAAGUUAAUUACCAAAAACUACAAGGCUAAAGCUUACCUCAGGGGUGGCAAACUAGCUGAAAGGAAUUGUGCUCAACCACACACGUGCACAGCAAACAAUAGUAAGAGGUGCUCCAAAAACCGUGUGCUCCACCCACGUGACUAGCCUCCCCCUCAGCACACUCAGCCUUGGUUCAAACUAAACCUAAGAAUAAAGGUCCAAUUUGUAGAAUAUGUAGGUCCAAUUCAAAUAUUAAUCACUCAUUCAAUACAUAAAAAACAAAAAGGACAAAAAAGGAAAACCAUUCAAUAAAUGACAACAUCAGUUGACAAUCGUAUUCAGCGUCCUACCUCAUUCUGGCCACAAGCCCAAAAUGAAACAACAAUGACCACGUUUACAUGGACAACAAAAAUCUGAUAUUAACACGAUUAAGACAAUACUCCUAUUAAGAAUGGACGAUUUAAACAGAGAUUUUUGAUUAGCUUAAGCCAGCUAAACUCAUAAUCGUAGUAAAAACAAAUCAAAUUAAGACGGGUGGAGUACUCCUAUUUUAGUCACAUUAUCGAAGUGCGGUAUAGACAUGUACAUAUAGCUUUUUCAAAAACUGACUUUCGUUUUGUAGAUUUACUUGUUGUCGGUUCCGCAGGAAAGUUUGAUUGUUGCUGAUUGUCCGCCAUUCUCCCUACAUUGACACAGCGGACGUGAGCGCGCUGAUGACCUAUGAUGUCUGCGUGAACAAGGUGCGCAGUGGUAUGCAAAAUACGUUGGCUGAAAAUGUACACAUAACCAGUCACAGUGUUCGCCCAGAACGUUUUAGUUGGACUAACGUUUUUUGGUCCUACUUCUUUCACAGACGAUAUAUAAUUAUAAAAAUAUUAUUUGACCAAUAUACUUCUUGAUUGCUACCAGGAUGUAAAGAGAUUUCCAACCAACGUGACAAAAAAAUCUUUCCGGGCAGGAUCAGCCACCCUGCCUUUAACUAAUAAAAGCCUCAAUAAUUCAUUUAUUCGACACAGCAAAAUCGGCAGUGUUAAAAAAUGUGUGAGUGUUAAAUUUACAUGUUUUAAAACUGCCGAUUUUGCAAAAGCAACUACUAAAAGAACUGCCGAUUUGUCAAAAGCAACUACUAAAAGUAUUCUGAAGGAAUUAAUUAUUAAUCCCUAUACAGCAGUGGUCACCAACCCUGUUUCUGGAGAUCGACCGUCAUGCAGACUGCAGCUCCAACCCUGCUUCAGCACACCUGUCUGUAAUUAUCAAGCAAACCUGAACACCUUGAUUAGAUAGUUCAGGUGUGUUUGAUUGGGGUUGGAGCUGAAAUCUUCAGGACGGUUGAUCUCCAGGAGCAGGGUUGGUGACCACUGCUAUACAGUAUGCAAAAUAUCAAACAGUUUUCUCUCUAAGAUACUGUUUGUAUUUUGUGUUCACGACAGCAAAGUUGAAUUACUUUUAGAAAUAAAUGUAUUAUGACAUUAUGCAUUUUGUUUUUCUUUAAGUUCUAUUUGCCUUGUAUACACCUGAUUGCUGUGAAUUGUGCAACUGUACCAUCUUUAAUGGGCAGUAGUUCAGUGUCUCUUUCUGAGUUUUGGAAUUAUGAUUCAAAUGUUUCUGUAUACUUAACAGAUUGUCAUAUAUUAAAUAAUUGUGAAACUUA